AUGCCUGUGGCAUCUUUUCAGUUGCUUUUGACGCUAGCUUUGACUUUCGAUAGAAGCUUGUCUGCCCCAACGAUCAGCGGGGGAAUUGAGGGGCAAGAGGGGCAGGAGGAGCUGGUACCGAUCAUUAAGUCAGUCGCAGAGCAGAGGAACGACGGCUCCUAUUUCUUUGCCUAUGAAGGCGCCGAUGGCAGCUACCGGGAAGAGGUUGGCAUUGUGAAGCGAUCAAAUGUUGCUGAUCAUGAUCGUGAUCAUGAUCAUGAUGCUAAUGAUGGCGAUGAGACGGAACUGGAGAUUUCUGGUGUUUAUCGCUACAUUGACAGCCAAGGGGAACGUGUGGAGGUUAGUUAUGUGGCGGAUAAGAAUGGCUUUGUGCCCGUGGGCUCAAAUAUACCAAGGGAGAUAACAGAAACAGCUCGAAAUGCGGUUCAGUCUCUAGAAGUGCGCGCAAGCAAAAAGAAUUAA